GUAUUAUGAUUAUUUUUAGUGUUUAUUAUACCUACUUUAUUUAAUGAUUGUACCUAAAUAGGUAUUAAGCAUAUGCAACCAUAUAUAUAUAUAUAUUGUACUCUAUUAAUUUAUAGUUAUAAGUUGGUACCAUUGAAUAUUGACAAUAAUACAAUACGUUACAUGUUUAGAAGAAAGAGAUUUGGAUUAUAAUAAUAGUUUUCAACCUAUGAUUGAAGAGGUACCUGCUGAAACCCACAAUAAUAAUGAUAAUAUCACUAUCAUUGUACAAGAUGAAUUAAAUUCAAACUUCCCUAGAAGUUUUCAAUAUACAAAUGAAGAGUUACCUUCUGAAAGUUCAGAUAUCGCUGAUUUACUUGCAGAGAGUUCAAAUGAUUAUGUGCCUUCUUCUGAGAGUAGUAGUGAAGGUGAACAACAAACGCCUGCUAAAAUUUUAAAGAAUAGGGUAAGAAAACGAAGGGAUGAAGUGGGAGCAUCCAGGAAGCGUAAAAUAAAUCCUAGUAACUGGAAAAAAAAUGUGAGCAAACAACGAAAAUUGCAAGGUAAGGAGUAUGUUACCUUGAAAGGAAAAUUAAUAAGAGCUAAACGCAUGAAGCCCCCAUGUAAUUGUAGAAAGAAAUACUUUGAUCUUAUGAGUAAUGAGGAGAGAGAAAUUAUUUUUAAACAUUUUUAUCAAUUAUCUUACGAUGGACAAUCAAAAUUUAUUUCGGAUUUUGUUGAAGAAAAAGAAAAAGCUACACAAAGGCUACGAAGGAAUGACAAAAAAGAAAGUAGGCGUCAAUAUUCUCGGAGAUAUUUUUUAAAUAAAGGUGAAAUUAGGCUAGAAGUAUGCCAAGAAAUGUUUAGCAACACUUUAGAUAUAACAAUUAAAAGAAUUAGAGUGUGUAUUGAGAAAAAAAGAGCUAGUGAAGCAGGUAUGUGUGCUUCAGAUAAACGGGGAAAACAUAGAAAACAGCCCUUAAUCCCAGAAAAAGAGAAAGAUUUUAUUAGAAGACAUAUAAACCAAUUCCCAUCCUAUGAAAGUCAUUAUUCAAGGUCUCAUUCUCAGAAAAAAUAUUUGCCAUCUCAUUUAUCAAUUUCACAAAUGUACAGGUUAUACAAGGAAGAGUGUGUCAUAAACAACGUCAGCCCGCAAAAAGAAUCUAUGUAUCGUAAAAUUUUUGUCGAAGAAUUUAAUCUUUCAUUUCAUAAACCAAAAAACGAUACAUGUGGAAAAUGUGACAAAUUCGAAAUGUUGAUUAAAACAGAGGCAAAUGAGAGUAACAAAAAUAUAAUAAUUAUUGAAAAUUAUUGCUUUUGGCAAAAUCUUCCUAUGAUGAGAAAAAAAAUGAUGUCGAAAAAAGUAAAACAAAUGAAAAGAUUAUGACCAUAAGUUUUGACCUGCAAAAAUGUCUCCCAACCCCACUUUUAUCAAGCGGAAUAUCGUUUUAUAAAAGGCAACUGUGGACACUGAAUCUCACUUUAUACAUCACUAGUAGGAACCAAAACCCAGCAGCAAUUUGCUAUCUAUGGGAUGAGACAAUCGCAGCUAGAGGAGGUCGAGAAAUUGCAUCAUGUCUAUACGCGUUUUUAAAGCAAAUCCCAGUCGACAUUGAAGAAGUCAAUAUUUUCAGUGAUUCGUGUCCAGGACAAAAUCAAAAUAUUUUUGUUGCAAUGAUGUUUUUAUUCUUAACUAAAGAAUUAUCUAGCAAAGGUAGGAAAAUAGUAAUCAAUCACAAGUUUCUCGAAGCAGGGCACACCCACAUGGAGGCAGACUCAGUGCAUGCAUUGAUAGAGAAGACAAGGAAAAGAACAAAUGCUCUCAUUGAACUUCCUCGUGACUGGGCAAAUUUAAUUAGAAUGAUUCCAAGAAAACCACCAAUCAUCGUACAUGAAAUGCAACAAGAUAGAUUUCUAAACUUUAAAGAACUUCUCGGAACUGUAUUUGUACAAAAAAAAGUUAAUACUGCCGGGGAGCCAGUUAAGUGGACCAAAAUCAAAUGGAUGCAAUAUCGAUGGAAUAAACCAAAUGAAAUCCAGUACAAAAUUUCUUUUGGAAAUGACGAGCAAUUCAAAACAAUAAGCUUAGUGAAAAAAGAUACGAGACAUUCUACCAACACAGAUUAUUAUUUCAACUUACGACCCAUAUCAAACAAGCCAUUACCAUUGAGUAAUGAAAAACUUAAAGACUUGAAAGACUUAAUGCAGUACAUUCAGCCAAAUAGUCGCAUAUUUUAUAAUGCAUUACUGGAUAAAUUGACGAGUUCAUCAGAUGUAGAUACAUUUUCAGAUUAUGAUGAAGAUGAAUAAGAAAAUUAUAAAAAAAAAUAUCUUUAAUAAUCCCAAAAAUGUACUUUGAACUGUACUUUGUGUAAAUGUUCUUUAUGUGAAUAAAAUUGUUGAAUUCAGAUGUUUUUUCCCCUUCUAACUGCCUUAUGGAUCCUCAUUAAGUGAACCAAUGUCACUUUAAGAUGCAGUAGCUUUAAAUCCAAAAAGGGCCAAUGUCAUAAUAUUUACAUAAAAUAGUAACUUGUUAAAAAAUUUCAUAUGAUAAAA